UUUCAUGGGUCAAUUACUGAACGUAGCAUAGGCCUAUACUGUUAAGGCUUACCUAAACAGUUUGUUAUUAGACCACGAGUUUCAACUAAAUCCAGGAUGUUCUUGUGAAUAUAAAUAUUAAAUAUAUAGUGUUACUCUUAUUAAAACGCAUUAACCAACAUAAUAGUUUCUGGGACACUCCAGAGAUGACUAUCUCAUUGGUUGUGAUCAGUGUGCUUUAACGUUGCUGUGAUGUAGCGACCCAUCCGACCAAUAGACGGUGCAGCAUCCGAUUCUAGGAGAUCCCCAGCUGACGCGAUGCGCGGAACCACUAUUUGUAUUUUUUCUUCCUAAUUGACCCAAAUAAAGCCUUCAGUGACAGGGGUUUCACCGACCCCGAGGCACGAUUAGAAGGGAAAGCGCAUGGAGGCCGGUAAUACCCUUUCAUGAGUAAUCCCAUUUGCUAUUGUGACCGUCCAAUAGCAGAAUACGUCGGCUUCUGAACCAUUUCACUUGGAUUUCACUAUAGAGCUCCGCUUCGCGCAGUGCUGGCGCCGUAGAUCAACGACGGAUUUUAUCAAGCUAAUGAGAUGGUUGAGCGUGGAAACCGAACCACGAAGGAAAGGAUUUGUUACGUUUUGCGUAAAAUAAUUAUCGAAUAGUUGUUGUCGUUCUGGCACCAAAAAUGCAUGACAAAAGCCUACAACGGCAUACUUCAGCCACAUCGAGGGGCUCGUCGUUUUUCAUUGAGAAUUUACUUCGCUGCUCUAGGACAGAGACAUCUGUCAGUGCCAUAAAGGAUAACGAUGGCGUUAAGAGAGAAUCAUUUCUCGUGGGCAGCACGAAAGCGCAUCGGAAAGAAAUAUGCAGUCAAGAAUCGAACACAGGCAUGAAGGCAGAGGUGUGUCGGAGGGCACAGUCACCUCUGGAGUGGUAUGGACGAGAAACCAACUUAAAUGCAGCAAAACGACCAAAAAGUCCAGGAAUGCAAACGUGGAGUUCCAGUGAAAACUGCCAGUUAGUCCCCAGCGACAGGGAUACCCCCGUGGCCUCCGAGAUUUCUGAUGGAACUUUGGACAGAAAAACUCAUGGGUGUGUGGAUGAGGAAAGUGAGGAAGCACAGCAACCCUUCGAUGCACGUUCAGGUGCCGACAAUUCCGAGUUCUGCACAGCCCGUAAGAAAAAGACACGGACGGUGUUUAGCAGAAGUCAAGUCUUCCAACUGGAGUCAACUUUUGACAUGAAGAGAUACCUGAGCAGCUCUGAGCGCGCAGGUCUUGCGGCAUCCCUGCACCUGACCGAGACGCAGGUGAAAAUCUGGUUCCAGAACCGACGAAAUAAAUGGAAACGACAACUGGCCGCAGAUUUAGAGGCUGCUAACUUUAACCACAGCUCCCAACGGAUUGUACGGGUUCCCAUCUUGUACCACGAUAAAACUACACCUGUGUCGACGAUCAGUUUUAACGUGUCCCAAGUCUCGCCACCAAUCAUGGGCUUCUCGAAUUCCGUUAACUAUCCACUGACAUCCUUUGCGCAUUCAAUGAAUUUGCUGACAUCGCAAAUGACAGGACUGGUCUGACUUUGAUACUAAAUUGCACAGAUAUUGACAAUCGACCUACAGUGUCCCAAUGAAAUAACUUUGAGUGGUGCAAUAACUGAUAAAAAGACUGCUAGAAAUGCAGUCUUGAUGUUUGCCGCAUCCAAAGAAAACACGGAUACAACAGAUAAAAAAAACUUUGUUAAUUAUCACUGUCCUUUUCUUGCAUGGUCGCCCUCCUAUUUGUACACAGAACACUUGCUUUGUAAAAAAUAUAUUUUUAUUCAUAAACACGGAUUAAAAGGUUUUGUCACUUUUUCACAUGAUUAUUUUGAAUAGUUAAUAAACGAAUCACAUAAAUCCAAGUUUGAAUUUCUACUAUGAAUGGGAUUUGAUAUUCAAUAUGCAAAAUGAACACCAGUCAUUCAUAAUACGUUGCAUAUUUACGUGUCCAGAUGUUGUCCUGAUUACUUAAUUACU